AUGACCCCCCGCGUCUUCAUAAUCCGCCACGGCGAAACCACCUGGUCCCUCUCCGGCAAGCACACCUCCACAACCAACAUCCCUCUCACCCCCUCGGGCGAGAAGCGCGUCCUAGCCACCGGCCGCGCCCUCGUCGGCAACGACCGUCUCAUCGUCCCCUCCAAGCUCUCCCACAUCUAUGUCUCCCCUCGCCUCCGCGCCCAGCGCACGUUGGAGCUCUUGAACAUUGCUUACCGGUCGCGCACCCCUCUUCUGAGCCCGGCUCGGGAAGGGGGUAUCCCCUGUCAAGCUGAGGUUGAGAUCACGGAGGACAUCAGAGAGUGGGAUUACGGCGACUAUGAGGGGAUCACCUCCCCCGAGAUCAACAGGAUUAGAAAGGAGCAGGGGUUGGAUGAUGGGAGGAAGUGGGAUAUCUGGCGAGAUGGGUGUCCUGGUGGGGAGAGCCCAGCGGAUAUUACUGCUAGGCUAGAUAGACUGAUCAAGGACAUCAGGGAGAAAUGGCAUCGUCCAGUGAUGGAGGGCGAGAAUGUCGGCGAGGGGAAGAAGGGCGACGUCCUGAUCGUUGCACAUGGGCACAUACUCCGAGCUUUCGCGCAGAGGUGGGCGGGAAAGGAACUUCAUGACGGACCAACGUUUUUGCUUGAGGCAGGAGGUGUCGGGACGCUGAGUUAUGAACACCACAAUAUCAACGAACCUGCCAUUUUACUUGGUGGUGCAUUUGUCGUCGGGGACGAUUGA